UAAUAAAAAGAUGGCGUAACAAACAUUAUCAUUGUUGACGUUGACACAUUAUCCUCCGCCAUUUCCUUUUACCUUGUUUCUUGACGCUUGAAAAGGUUUCAAAAUGACCAAUUCAAAGGGUUAUCGUAGAGGAACUAGGGAUCUCUUCGCCCGCAAAUUCAAAGAACAUGGAGUAAUUCCACUUUCUACAUACUUGAAAGUUUACAAAGUAGGGGAUAUCGUAGAUAUCAAAGGCAAUGGUGCUGUUCAGAAAGGUAUGCCUCAUAAAGUAUAUCAUGGUAAAACUGGUCGUGUUUUUAACGUAACCGCACAUGCUCUCGGUGUAAUUGUAAACAAAAGAGUUCGCGGCAGAAUCAUCCCCAAAAGAAUCAAUAUCCGUAUUGAACAUGUAAACCACUCCAAAUGUCGCCAGGAUUUCUUGCAAAGGGUAAAAUCCAAUGAAAAACUCCGUAAAGAAGCAAAGGAAAAGAACAUCAAAGUAGAACUUAAGAGACAACCUGCCCAACCUAGGCCUGCACAUAUUGUCAGUGGAAAGGUUCCAGCACAAGUGCUCGCUCCAAUUCCAUAUGAAUUUAUUGCUUAGGUUUGUUAAUUUUGAAUAAAACAAAUUUGCUAAA